AUGGAUAAUCGAGACUAUGCUUGGGCAACUGUGUGUUUAAAAUUACCACACUGUGCUCUCAAAUCUGUUUGUGGAAACCUGGUGAAGGAAAUGAAAAGAGCCAAUCAACAUGGACAUGGCUUGUCUAUUGCGUCUGCCAUUACGGAUCGUCUAGGAUACUUGUUGCCUAGCAAUAUAUCUGAUGCUGGUAGUGGUGUGGAAAGAGCGUUAAUGUACAGUGAAGCAGCUCGACGUGACACGUUUAUAAAAUGGCCACACAUGAACUACAAGUGGGCGCUACCCGAUCCGAUGGCCCAGGCGGGUUUUUAUCACCAACCGAAUGCAACUGGUGAUGACAGAGCUAUGUGCUUCACGUGUAAUGUUUGUUUAGUUUGCUGGGAACCGACUGACGAACCAUGGUCAGAACAUGAACGUCACUCACCAUCAUGUCCGUUUGUGAAAGGAGAAUUUACACAAAAUGUUCCAUUAUCAGUGACGUAUGCUACACAGCCAGCUUUACCUCAUGGCUCACCUCAAGAUAAGAUCCAUUGUGUGAGUACCACGAGUGAUGAAGAUUAUUUGGCUACAUCAACAUUAGAUGGUAAUAUAGUUGUCUGGGACAUCACUCGAGUUCUAAAGAAACAUUGUCAGUUUAACUUAGAUCCACAGAAAGUUAGUAAUAAAACAAACUGUUGGUUAGAACGAAAUAAAAAACCUUCAUCAACUAUUACAGAUUCAGCAGUAGGCUCACACAGGUAA